GUUUGUGGGAUAGACAGAGGCACACACUUAGGGGGAGUGCGGUGGGUGUGCGUGUGUGUGAUGUAUUCAGAUCGUUAAUGUGUGUAGGUGUGUGUGUGCAUCAGUGGGCAGUGGGGGGGUUGGGCAGUGACAGCACCUCCCUGUACCCUAGUGCGUCGGAUUGCGACCGUCUCUCCCCUGUCUGCGUCAGAGCUAGGCAAACACAGCGGCGGACGAGCCGGCCGGCUCCGCCUAUUUAAGGGCCGGCUUCCCCUCAGUCUUCCAGGAGUUCGCCUGGCUCUCUGCACAGCACCUCAGACUCACAGCCUGAAGAAACGAUGAACAGUGGAUUUUGCAUGUGCGUGUUGCUGGCUGCCCUGUCCAGCAGCUGCUUGGGACGGCCACACUACACUCCCUCCCUGGACGAGAACAGGCCCGCCACGGCCCAGCGGGACACCGGGCUGCCAGAUCACCCCCGCCAGGCGCGCUCUGUGUCCCUCACCGGCCAGAAGCAGCUCGUCCAACAGGAGCUGGCCGUGGAACCUGGGACCAGCCUGAACGAGCUCCUGAGCAGAUUGAUCUCCAGGAAAGGUACCAUCCGACGGAACUCGACGAUGAACAGUCGCGCCACGGGCAACCACAGGAUAAAAGAUUAUCAGGGCUGGAUGGACUUUGGUCGGCGCAGUGCCGAAGAAUACGAGUACACCUCCUGAAGCAGGGAACGGGGGAAGACAUUUAAAUCACCGGCUUAAAAUCUGUGUCGAAAACACCUAUAUUUAUUAUGUAUUUGUUGUACACUGUUUGUAAAACUAUAUGAUGCAAUAUAUACAUAAGCCAAAUUUUGCAGAACUUGGACUGGAAAAAAAACUUUUUUUCUUGAUAUGUAAUUUUUGACUAUAAUAUAUAUGAUCUAAUCCAAUGCAUAUAGAAACACUUUCACAGAAAAUACUACAUUCACUUCGCAACAAAAGCAUAAACGUUUUUAUGUGAUGCUUUAGCCUAACACAAGCAUCAAGAUGAUAGAACAGGCUAUAACAGUAUACAACACAUCUAUGCAGUACAUGCAAAUUACCAAAUGACUGGGGAAAACAAUGGACAUUUAACUGCGUCAGGUAUUUUUUAAUUUGCGUAUAUAAUUAAUUUUACAUUUACGAUGUCUAGGCCCAAGGCCCUGAACCACCCACCACAGCGUAGCACUUCCUAUUAAUACCUUAAAUCCGAUUUUCUGAAAUGGUAGGCAAUUUGAAAUGCAACGUUUCAAGGGAGCUCAACAAAUAUCACGAAACACAGUUCUCAAUAAAAUAAGCUUCUCAUUAAAACAUGUUGAUAUGGAACUAAAAAUAAAUUAAUGUAACAUGUCUGUGAAACAAUUAUCGAACUAAAUAUACCGUUAUAAUCGACAAAACAUAUCGCUAAUAAUACUCUAAUAAAACAUAUCGGUCAUACAAUCAAGCUAAAUGUAAAAGAUUUCAAAAAAAUAAUUAACAAAGCAUACAUUUAAAAAAAUACUGGUAAACAUGUUAUUGACGUAAUCACUUUCUGGAAAGGUAUGAAUGAUCUUAAAACUUAUGGGGUAACUUGAAACUCAGGAUUGCAUAAUCACGAUUGCGUCUUCAGCCAAACACCUGAUCCACACGUGACAGAAGGAAGGACUUCAUAUGAGUAGGAGACUUAGCCUUACGUUUCACAACUCCCCCACCUGCCAAAUCUCGGCCUAUCCAUCCCGAAACAGUCAAUUCACAAGUGUAUCUGAAACACAAUUUGCCAUUGGCAAAUAUAACGACGGUUUAAUAUGAUAUAAAGAUAUUUAAAGAAAAAGUUGGAAAAUAGUGGAGAGGAAAUAAAACUCCUCAUGACAGACUACAGGAAGAAAAACUCUCUUUUGGCGAGUAGAAACCAUUUGAAAAUCAGAAAUGUGUGAAAAUGUUGACAUAGGCCUAUCAAAUAAUAACAGAGUAAUAAUAAUAUGGGAGACAUUUGAUCAAGUUCAGCCAGGGAUGGUCAACAUCUCAGAUGUUUUCUGAAGAUAAACCUUCAGCUUGGCAAAUGAACAUUAAACAGGCCAGAUGAGUGCAAGUGUGGGAAAAGACCAGAAAGAUAAAAAUCAUUCUUAGUUAUAGCAAAAUUCAUGAUGUAGUCUUGAGAUAAAUCACUGCUCCUUAGCUUCAGCGACAGCGAAUGAUAUAAAGGACCCCCCCCCCCCCCCCCCCAAAUGGGGCUUCUAGGGCGGCAGGAUGCACAUAACCACAGCAGUAUGAAAACCGAGGCAGGGAUGCGAUGGAGAACUUCCGAAAAAUCAGAGCAGUGAUUUUAAAAUGGUCCUUUGGGUCCUCGACAUAAUACCUCACUGUGCAGCACAGCCAAUCAGUGUUCCAAGCCCAAUUUGCGUAGCCCUCUCAUAAAAAAAAGGAGUAAUGUUUUGUUUUUGUUCUUUGCAAAUUUGUAUAACUGUUUGAUUACAUGUCCAGCAGGUGCAAGAUUUAGGUAGGUUUCAUAUGCGUGUAACCACCAGGAUGGACCUACACGAUCUCGCAAUAUUCUCUGUUAAGCAAUAUUCACGAUGUCAUGCCUAAUUUGGCCUAACUGGCAGAAAUAAAGAAUAUUCCUGUGUCCAGUCUGAGCUUUGCUGGCAAUAAAGAAAUAUUAGAGUGAUGUAAUUCAAUGUAUUCACAUAAUGGAACGUGCAAAUUGAUUUUUGCGUGAUGUGCGCAUCAUUUCGUAAUGAUAUUACUGUAAUAUCCUUCAGUCUUGUGGCAAAUGAAAGUGGCACGGACCUGCAUUCUUAAUGAAUCCACACAAAGGAGAAUUCACAGGGAACUCAGCUCUAAAUGAGGACAGACUUGGUAAAUAACAUGCAACAUAGAGUGAAAAUAAGUAAUGGUUGGGUCCUGAUCUUCACUUGGCAAUAAUAAAAAAAAUCAACACUUCUUACACCAGAACUGACACAUUUCAACUGGUUUAAAAAAAUGCCCCCCAACUGUUCCCAUGCACGAUAAGCAGUUAGAAGAUAAAUGUAUGGGAAAAGUGUCACUCUACACGCCAAGAUGCUUAAAGAUUGAAGCUCACCACAAAACUGAAGUACACUUACAAGCAUGUGCGACAAAGUUCAAAACUAAAUAUAACUAAACUUUAAACAAAGAAUAACUUAAACAUGUAUCAAAAUACAUCCUCACCUUGGUCAGAGACAUAUAUUUUUUAACUAAAAAGCUAAAUGUUAUUUCUGCUGACAUUUCUGCUGACAUACUCUAGCAGUCUAGCUAUGCACAGGUCAUAGCUAGAAAUUCGCUCCCCCCCCCGACAAAAUGUUACCUUGGGCCCCCCGCCUAAUUUAAUGUAAGGUUUUCUGUAUUUAGGGGCCCUUGGCAAAUUCCGGGCCCCCUGAAUCUGUCAGAGUACCUGUGCCCCUUGGGAUAUGGUGUCUGUAUGUAAGGUCACUGAUUUAAGGCAGAGAAAUGUACAUCGCUUUGAAGAAAUAUGUCUGCAAAUAAAAUGCAAAUAAGUGGUUCUUCAAAUGAUUGCUUAUUAAAAGGGCUUGGGUCCAUUUAGGUGGUGCUGUGUGGCUUCAUGGAUUAGGAUGCCUGUCAUCAGAAGGUCGUCGGCUCAAAUUCCCACGGUUGGCAGUGCUGGGUGUUUUGAGUAAGGCCCUCGAGCCCCAGUUACUCCAGGUAUUGUCUUCCCUGCUCUCUGAAAAAUGUAUGUCUGCAACAAUUAGUAACUACAGUUUAGGAUUUAUUUAAUAGAUUAAUUAAAUUGCAUCAUCAUAAGCAUGGGAGGAUUGCGACAGGAGGUGGAUUGAGACGAUUGUGCAAUAAACUGCAACCCUCCUAUAGAGAGUUGAGGCACAGAUCUUUAAGGUUCUCUUCAGGACAGAGACGCAGAGAAACUGAAGUUGAGAUGCUCCAGGCUUGAUGAGAUUACAUCGUCAGCCCCAGCCUGAUUUAAUGCACAGAGAUUAAAUAAACCCCACUGCUCCCUGUGUCAGUUCCCAGGUACAGCGUCUGACAUUGAAUGUUAUGGAAGAUCAGAACAGAUGGAUAUAUUGAGUUACAUUCUUAGUAGAGACUGGUGCAAUACCUGUUAAGUAUUAAGGAUGAAGUUACGAUCACCAGUGGAGUUUUUUGAGGAUGGUGUGAUGCUUACUUUAAGA